AGUAUAAACCGUCAGUCUAUCACUGGCAAACGAAUAAAUUAUUUACCUUAGUAUUAGAUCGAAAAAAUAUAUUGAAAAUUUGUUCUGCAAUGGUUGAUCGUGGCAAUAAUUUGGUGCUCCCAGUGGGUCCAUGUUCAACGGAACUUACGGAAUCUCAAGCGAGUUUUGCUCCACCCAAAAUUAAGAAAGUGCUGCCCACUCGAGCAAAUCGCAUGGAACAGUUUCUAUGGCAGGAACUCUUUGCCGAAUACAACCGACAGGCCUCCGCCCAAGUGGACUUGGGCGAGGAUCGCACGGAGUACUACGACCAGUUCUGCAAGGAUGUGCCACCGAAGAACGAAGAGACCGAGGAAGUUCUGGUCAACAAGUACCCACUUUACUGCACCACCGCCGUAACAGUGUGGAAUCACGAGGGAGAUUUCACCAAGACUUUCAAAAGAAAAUAUUCUAUAACCAGACCUAUAGAUCUGUGUCCUGAUAAGUUUGCGCUUUAGAUGUGGGAGCACUAAAAAUUUUAUGAGAUAAUAUUUAAAACUGUUUUAAAGAGAAUAGUGCCCACAGCAUAUUAUUUAAUUUUGAUCUUUCAUUGUAAAUGUUAAAAAAAAAUUAAACUUGCAGUUUGAGAAAAUCUUUGCAGAAUCUUUAAACAAUUAGUUUAAAUUAACAUUUCAUUUAAAUUCAAUCUAAACGUAAUGUUUUAUAACGGGUAAGUUAACAGUAAGAGCAUGCAUGCGGUCACUCUGGCAGCGGGCAUCGAUGGUUCUUCUACGCCAUCGAUGUUUGUUGAUCCAGAAACAUAUCGAUAGUUGUCUCGGCCGCUGACGUGUAUAAAAUAUCGAGGGACAGGCGGUGCUUUUUGAGCGAUUUUAUUUUAUUUUCCUAUAGAAUAUAAGCGGCGUGUGAAAGCGCAACCACAAUAUA